GCCCCUUCAUCAAAGAGAGAACCGUUGAUGGCUGCCCAAGCCUCUUCCUUCAGGCUUGCUCUCGUCCAACUGGCGGUGGGGUCAAAUAAAGCCACCAAUCUGAGUAGAGCAGCUGAGAAAGUGAGGGAGGCGGCACAGAAUGGGUCGAAGAUCGUAGCCUUGCCUGAAUGUUUCAACAGUCCGUACGGCACGCAGUACUUCAAGGACUAUGCGGAGGAAGUACCGGCGGAGACUGGGCAGCCUGGGCCUGGGGCUGGAGAGUCCUGCAAAGCUCUCUCUCAGGUCGCCAGAGAAUGCGGUGUCUUCCUAGUCGGAGGGUCUAUCCCAGAGGUGAGAAAAGGCAAGUACUACAACACAUCCAUGAGUUUUGGGCCUGACGGAGCACUGUUGGGGGUAUUCAGAAAGGUGCAUUUGUUUGACAUUGACAUCCCGGGAAAACAGAAGUUCAAGGAAUCUGACAUUCUCUCUCCGGGAGACAAACUCCUUUCCUUUGAUACAGACUGGUGUAAGGUUGGAAUUGGUAUCUGCUAUGACCUAAGAUUCUAUGAACUAGCUUCCAUCUAUGGACUCAGAGGGUGCAAGUUGUUGCUAUAUCCUGGAGCCUUCAAUACUACCACUGGCCCACUCCACUUCGAGCUGCUUAUUCGUGGACUGUUAGUUACCAAAAGCUGCUAACUCAUGAACUAUGGUUUUUGUCCCAAAUAAUACACAGGGCAGCCAAUAACCAGCUGUUUGUUGCAGGGGUAUCUCCAGCCCAGGAUCUCACUGCCUCCUACCAUGCCUGGGGCCACUCCAUGCUCUGCAAUCCUUGGGGUAAGGUGGUGGUGAGUGCAGAUGAGAAGGAAGGCAUUGUGUAUGGAGAGGUGGACCUGUCAGAGGUGGACAGAGUCCGCAGCCAGAUCCCAGUCACUGCUCAGAAGAGAUGGGACCUCUACUCCAUCACUGACAAAACCAACAUCUGACUAUUAUACAUAGCUACAAUCAUUUUCUACAGACUGGAGCACGACUUUUUUGUAAUCCAAAUAUUAAUUUUCUUGAUAUGUGUUUUUGCUAUAAACGUAGGUAAUUUCAGAUGAUGAUGAGCUUUGCUGUG